UUCUUGGUGCGCUCCCUCCCUUUUCCCUCCUUGGAGAAUUGCCUUGGUCUUUAAAAAUUUUCUUCGAUUGAUCAUGAUGGUGUUGGAUUCUGUGAAAGAAAAGUGCUCACUCGCUGCGAAGUAUGUCGAUAGAGUUUUCGAAGAUGUUGAGUCGGCAAAUGCUAGGCGUGUCGACCAAAUUAUUGAAGAAGAAAAUCUUAAGAUCAUUCUUGACGGUCUUCCUAAUGCGCAUUCUCUAGCGCGCGGUGAUGAGAAGAUAGAGUCACUUCUUUCGCUGUCGUAUUGUCUUCCGGCGUCAGUUUUAGAUACGAAGUUCAUAGAUAUGUCUGUAUAAGUAACCGCUUCGGACUCUGUGAAAAGGACGAAUACUCGAGAGAUGUUUCUGCUUUGUGAAGGAAGCAAAGCGAGUAAAUGUUCAGGCUCCUUGGCUUAGUUCAAGUAGGCCUGGAUAAGAAUUAAGUAGUAGCAAGGACUGCUGGGUAGUGAUACCUCCGAGGGAGGGAAGCGCCGUGAACAGUAGGAAAUGAACAACGUGAAACACUAGAUCAAUCGUUCUGUGGUUUAGGCGAGCAAUCUAGGGGAAGCUAUUCAAGAAGGAAAGGCUCAUGGAAAGUUUGGCCAAAUGAGCUGCCUACGAUAGAUUUGAUCAGGUCCUGAAUCUCGAGGGGAAGCCCUGGAGUAGUAAGGAUAGGAUGAUCUAGGCCAGGUGACUAAAAGGUUGCGAGACCUUAGUAAACCCUUUGGCGGUUGUAAGAUAUGAAAGAAGAAUAGAAUUGUUGGAAUCUGCGAGGAUACCAGGCGAACUUCCUGGAGACGGGAAGGGGCUAGGAUUCACUCGGUAUUUGGGCACCUUCGCUGUAAAGGUGAUAGGAAUAUAAGUACCACCGGACGGAGCUCUUAAAAGGAUGGCUCCGACGCCUCACUGCGUAGGGGGGGCAGUGUAGAACCUGGCCCGGGUGUAAACAGGGCGGCCCUUCGUGAAGAAGUGCGCCAAAUAACUCCAAGGAACAAACGUUGAAUGACUAAAUACCCUAGACGGCUGCUGCCGAGAUCGACCCGGUAGGGCGGCUUUCAUUAUUAGGACUAGAGGACUUGGAGGAUCAGCAAGAGAUUCCGACUGCAAGGCGGCGCUGUGAACAGCGCUUAGGUGUUGCCUCAGCUACCAAGCUGUAGUGUGGGCCUCAUAGGGGGGCUGAUUGCGGAUCAGUCUCGUUCCCCAUUUUGUAAUUAGGAAAGACGCUUGAAGGUGAAAACCAGCAUUGUAUCUAAACCUAGCCAACACAUAACUGGGGGCUGUUCCGGGGUGCGAGACCCGUAGGAAAAUUUUGUUGAAGAACAGUUCCAAGUGCGAGUCUAGACGUACGGGGAUGACAGUUGGCAAGAAAACAACAGUUGAAGAAUGACCGUGUUCGACAGGUAUAAAAAGAAUGUGAGUUGGGAACUCACAGAGUUGUGAUGUGAUUCUAAUGCCGGAAAGUAUGCAAGAUUGACGUCAGAAGUGAAUUCCAUUCUGACCAGGGUUUUUUUUCUUGAGCAUGGAAUCUUUCUUUCACAAAUAAAUGCUCGAUGUGGUUGACGGAAAGGAUCAAACAAAAUCUAAAAUCUGAAUGGUGCGUCGAGAACCUUGAGGAAAACCCAAGACUGGGAGUGAAGAAACGCGGGAGUGUUUUGUUUCCCAAGGCUGUACCAUGAACAGUUGGAUGAGCAAAGCGAAUGUUAACUGCAGUUUCUGUGAAUAUCAGAAAAUUUAGAAAAUUUAGAAAACAAGCAUCCUAAGAUUAUUCACCUCCUUUUCCAAAUGCAGGGAUAGGAGAUUGUAUCUUCUAAAAGUUCAUCACGGACACCCGAGCGGUAGAAGUGAUAAAUCUUUCAGUCUAGAUUUGGGUUCACCACGAACUUAUAUCUAAUUUUGUAAGAAAAAAAAAACGACUAAAGAUGGGAGGUUGGAAUUAUCCAGUCCGUAAGUAUGACGAGAAACGAGGCGGAAAAAAGGGCUGGCAUGACAAUAACAGUUCCUCUUCCUACGACAAAGGAUAUCAGGGAGGAUAUGGAGGUGGAAAAGGAGGCUAUGGUGGUGGCAAAGGUGGCUAUGGUGGUGGCAAGUCCUACCAAAACCAGAACCACCACUCCUAUGACAAGGAUCAAGGUCGCGACUACAACUACAACUACGGCAAGAACAAAAGCUACUCCAACAACCAGCCCCAGGGCUGGAAGGAUUGGAACGCCGGGGAGAAAUCUUGGGACAAGGAGGAGUCCUGGAACAACUCGGAUGAGUCGGUAGGAAAAGGUCCGAACAAUACAACAUCUACGAAGAAGGAACGAAAAAAGGAGAAAAAGAUGGCCAAGAAAGCUGAGAAGGCUGAGAAAGAGGAGGGAGAGAAGAUGCAGACUGAUUCUUCCUCGUGGAAAGGUGGCGCAUCUUCAUCUUCAAUCGAACAAGGUUCGGUUGAGCCGUUGGUAGAGACCAACAUGAAAACAGCCUCUUCUUCAACCAGCGAAGGCAAGGGAGAUGUUGUCAUGGGAGGACAAGAACGCGAGAAAGAACUGUAUGUGCGAGAUGAGAUGCAGACUGAUCUUGCUGGGUUCUUGGUUCCCCUGCCGUUGCAAGUGCACAUUGUCCCGGUUGAUGACAACUCUUUAAAGUUGUUACGCGGUGACGCCCACUUCGCUGUUGGUCUGGACAAUCAAUACAACAUGAAGACCUGGGUGAAGACGGCGGCUUCCACCUUGAAGGAGUUGUUUUUGAAGAACACGCUCCUACUGUACAAGGAUUCGACUCACCCAGACCCUACCGCGUUCAAGCUCCGGGAAGUUCCGUUUGACGGAAUUUUUGUGGUGGAAACCAACAACGGGGUAGAAAUUUAGAAAUUUAGAAAUUCAGAAAUGAGAAGUGGUGACGUGACACAAAGAUAAAGAACAUUCUCGUGAUAAGAAAACAAGAUACCAAGGUCAAGUAAAGGAAGAAAGGUUGAAAAUUAUGAACUAAACUUCUUGAUUCUUGAGCAGGUAAUCAGUAUGAACCUUCCACUUACAGGAGCCGUUGAACGAUACCAUCAAGGCGUUUUUGAUGUCGAUUGAAGCAUCAUUCGUUCAACCACCGAAUUUUUUGCCGAAAGCGCAUCUAGUGGUGAAAGCGCCGGAAGCUCUGAUCAAUGUCAUUCGACGUCGGUCCAAUGUGGAUUUAGUCGAUUUGGCAAUCAGUUGCCAGAAUCACCAAGAAUGCAACCUUUUGACGGCGAUCGCUGCAUCGGAAGUUGCUCGACGAUUUCCAGGCACAGUCUGUUUUUCGGCGAUUUGGGAUAUGGUCAAUUCGACUGAAGAGCUCAAGUACGGACAUGAAGGGCUUAGUCUUUCAGCCUGCAAGGCGCUCCAAGACCGUAUUCUGGAGCAGCGCAAAGCGCAAUGCUGUGCGAAAGUCGAGGCUUUGUGCCAGAUGCAGAAUGCACCGAUCUGGGCACAGCAACUGCAGGCUCAGUUGCAUCCAAAGGCUAGUUCCCCGAUUGAGUCGGUUGGUGGUAACGCCAACGUCACGGUGGACGAGCUACACGAGAAGAGUCGAGUGAGUGAAGACGCUCGCCGCCGCUCUUCUCAGUCGAAAAACAUCACAGCUUCUGGCACAGAAUACUUUGAAAUAUAUACACCUCGUCGACCAGACGAAUCCCCUAGAGCGAGUGACUAUGCCUCUCUAGGGUCUCCAGACGACGACAUGAGGAACGAAGUGUCUGUCGAAACUACUGAAUUAGACCAAUUCGACGUGGGAACUAAUCUGAUGAGAACCUCACUAGUAAAAAAUGAACUGAUACUAGUACAGAAUGAAAUGAAACCAUCAUCAACAGUUGCGCCACCGGCUGCUUCUGCGAGCUCGUCCAAGGGAGCGGCUACAACGGCUCCAGUCGAGCCGGCCGAAAGUUCUGCGGCGACAAGUUCCGAUGAAGAGUCCUUGGUUCAAGUUGAGGAUGUUCUGUCCGCGUCAGCUCCACCAACUUGUGGCCCAAGCAUCGCUAGCUUGCUGAGACAGCGACUUAGCCGCUAGAGGGGGAAUGAACUCCUCAACUUAGGGGUGGAGGUAGGGGGUUGUAGGAACUCUGGAACAUGAUGGAGUUAUAAAAAACUCUAAAACAUGGAGCUAGGCUAUUUUGCCCCCUGCUUCUAAAAGGAACCUCUACCCAUGAUUUCCCCGCGUCAUUCGUAGAGAUAAAAUCUAAAAAAAAAAAAUAAUAAAAAGUAGACAACGAGAAGCUUCUGCCUUGAACUGAGGCAGCGGUCUUAGUGCUCAGAAAGAGCAAGACGGUGGAAUGUAUCCAAAGAGAAGCGAUGUUGUUCAGACAAGUACCAGUAAGACUGAGAUGUGAUGGGACGUGAAAGAAAACAAACGAUCAGAGUGAUUCGGUGUUAUAGUUGGCCGGGCGCACUGCAAUGCACGAGGCUGUGUGUGACGUUUGAAGGCGGAGGAGGGGCCUUCAGAACUUGGGGGGGAAACCCUUCAGGUGCUGGAAAUGUAGAAAAGAAGAAAAGAAAGAUAAGCUCCACGCGGUGGAAGGAUCAAGAAAGAGAGACUGUUCCGUGUUUUUUGUGUUUGAUUAGAAGUUUUUUCUGUUGGUUGGAAGUAGUGAAUAGUGCGCCGAAGGUUGGGUGAAUUCUGCCAAGAACAUGUUGUUGCAGUAGUGUAGUUGAAAUUGACAGCUGUGUUUCUUUCUCUUGUAAUUGUUUGAAAAGAUGUAGAACCAGACUCAAUGAUGUUAGCAGAGAUAAGCAUUAGCACUUAUUUGGCGAUUGCCUUUUGUCUUUUCCCAAAAAACCACCACCACUUUAGCAGGGUUUGAGAGAGAUUUUGGAGCGAAAAAACUUACAGGAUGACCACAGUCACUCGUUCGCCCGUCACUUGUGGCGGUAUGUCGAGCGCUGUCGUGACCUCUGGGGUCGUCACAGCAAUCCUCGGGUUUAUCUCGAUGGCUCGACCGGAUCCGGUGUAUUACCGUUACGGUAAGCCGCCGGGCAACCCUCCGGGGGCGCCUGGUGACGGAGGCGGCAACAAUUAUGAACAUUAUGAGGAAUAUGAAGAAGGUGCUUAUUGGCUGUUGACAAAGGUCCAAUGGCAGCGACUGUAUGAUCAAAUCGCCAACUUGGUUGCGCAUUUGAGCAUGCUGAUCGGACUUGGUAUUUUGCUAUUUGAAAUGUACCAAGCGAAAUCCCGACAGCAGGAAACUGGGGAAACAACGGAUGAACCAGAAGGAGAUGUGCCACCCGCUUACAAGUUGCUGUCGGUCUUUGAUGGACAAGGUCAUGGACUAGGACUUGGUCAACCUUGGACGGGGAGCACGUUCAUUGAAACCGUGCCGAAUCAAGGUACGACUACCCUGGAGAAAGAGGCACAGAAGAAACUGAAUUUGACAGGAUUUAGAACUCGUAGGGUUUGUCCAAUUUUGGACACUGUGACGAAGUCCACUGGAUUAGGAAUUUGUUUGGAUAGGACUGUAAAGAUGCCUGAAAAUGAGAGCGUAUUCCAAAGAUAUGUUUGUGCACAGGAAAUGCAAGGACAUUUAGAAAUGUUGGAUUUCACAAAGUUGAAGAUGGUGGUAGUAAGACCGAUUGAUGAGAAUUCCUUUGAAAUGGGGUUGCUUUUGGUGGAUAAUUCGAGAUUCAAUGGGAAUGAUUCCUUCUCCAAAUUGAGUGCUACUCCCUUGAAUCUGGAAACUUACUCUGUCAGAGCGGCGCUUGCGGCCAGGCAAACGUUUGACCGGCUUCGCCUAGAACAUCUUCAAGCCCCUUUGCACGGUUGGCAAGCGGUGAAAAGCGGAGCCAUGAAGGCUAUGGGCGUUGCAAGUAAUGUGGUGGAUGCAGUGGAGGCGGAAGCUAAUCGGUUUUCCAACCUCUCCCGUGACAUGAGUGCAGCGGCCUGCUUGGUCAGCUUUAGAGAGCAGUUUUCGAAGCAGGCAGGUCUCAGGCCAAUUAUUGUGCAAGAAGAACUGGGAAUGCAGAUGUUCAGUCUUGUCUGCAAGGAUGGCACUGGAAUUUCGGUAGGAAUUUUCUGUACCCAGUACGUGAACAAAUUCCGCGAAUUGAUGGCUGAAAGGCUGAUUCAAAAGAGCGGUCAGGUGUUUCAGACGUCUGAUAUUGUGGGAACGUCCCAGGAACUAAGACGGUUCUUGCGGCAUUUUCUGCAACGGAUUCCACAAGAGUACGCGCGUUCGUUUGAAGAGAAUUUGAUUGGCAAAAGAGGAAUUGAGUACACAUCUUUGGACUCUGCGUGUGAGUAUGCGUUGGCGAGAGCUAACGUGAAAGCAACAACAAGUGAAUCAAGAUUUUCAGGGGAUGGCUCGUAUGAGCCGGAGCCUGGUUUCUUCAAUCAGAUGGAUUCAGAUUUCGCCCCUGAGCCGGGUUUAGAAGAAAAUCUGUUGAACAAGAUGGAAUUUUAUCCGCGAGGAGAUCGUUCUGCGAAAUUGGUGAUGUGCCAGCCUUGUGAAGAAUAUCAGGAUGAAACGAAGAAAAAGUGGUAUCUCUGUGGGGAUCCAAACCACAUGAGAGGAUUGCACUACGCGUCCCUUGCGGAUGUAGAUUGGAAUAAGGAGCCUCAAACUUGUCCACUGCCCGCGUGCAACAAAAGGAAACAUCCAGUGAAUAAGGCAGGACAGGUCUGCUGUCCGAAUUUGCUGGCUCGCGCAGCCGGGAGGCUGUUAAAGAGAGACGAAAAAACAAAGUUAAUCUUUUGCGAUGUUUUGGUGGACGCUAAGGGCGUUCCGCGUCAUCCAUCAUUUCGGAAGCCAGACUCUCAAGCAGGACUGGGAAAAGAACUCCUGGAACUGAAGCGCGACGGAAAAAACCCGACGUGUAAGUUUGUGCCGGAAAGAGGACAUCGUUUGUCUCAUCCACCCGCCUUUGUGAAAUCUAAUAAACUGAAUUCAAAGAGAUUUGCUCAGAAAGAUUUGAAGUCAAAGAAAACGGGGCCUCCAGUGAAAAAAGUGGCUUUCGCGAAGAGGAGACCCGCCCCGCCCCCGCGGCGGGCCAACCAAAUGAACCUCGAUCCCCCCGUGACGGAAACGUCGACCGGAGGAGGAGAGGAAAUGACAAAAAACGAUUUAGAUUGGGAGAUGUGGGCAAAUGUGCCAUUAACCCCUUCGAUAAAUCGGAUGGAAACGCCCGAGGCCUGCAAAUUGAGUGAGGAUAGAGGUCCGAGCUCCUUCUGUUGGCUGUUUAUCCGAAUUGGAAUUUUGGUUUAUUUGAUAUUAAGAAUGGGAGAAGCCUACGUUUCGGAAUAUUUAGGGUUGACUGCAGACACAGUUCCCCGCAUGGUUUCGAAAGUACGCGAAAAGUUCCUAAGAAAGAGCGGAGUAGUAUCCAUGAUGAAUUCUGCCUGGGAAAGCACAGCAAGACGACCGAAAGAAGAACGGCGAGCCCCAAUUUAUAUUGCGGGUUUUCUAGGCAAAGCCCUUCCAAUUCCUCUAUAUUUAGACCCGGGGGCGUGGCUAGGGUACGAUGUGACUGACAAGGCAAGUCACGAACGUCUGAGAGUACGGAAGGAUGUAAGUGACUUUGUGUCUCCGCCUAUGCCUUGCCCACCAGUGGAGAUUUCUUUUGGAAGAAAGUCUUUUUCCCAUACAGCGAAUCGGGAGUGCAUUUUGUGCUUACAGAUUUCCACUCGAAGUGGGAAGGUCUUGGAUUUGAAACGAAAGUUUCUGAUUGUAGAGGGACUGAACACGCCCGGGGCGUUGAUUGCCGGGGAUACAGCAGUGCAUCAGCUUGGGAUUAACUAUGCGCCGCUACGAGAAGGUAGCCGCGAGAUAGAGUUGCUUGGCGAACGGGUGCCAAUUGUGGAGUAUAAUAGUACAACAAAGAAGCCCGUGAUGAACGCCUUUACAAGGUUAGCCCAUGUGGCGGCCUUCGCGUCGGUAUCUGCGACGUUUGUUUGCCCACCGAUUAAUCAUGAGAAUACCACAGCGGUGGCGCAGCCAAGUCUAAAGGCCAUGAAAGACGGGACUUCAUUUUUACCGGUUCUUAUCACGGGAUCGGAAUCGGAGGACACCGAGCACCCGAUUGAGAUUUUUAAUCACAGGAACAAGGAUCGGCAAGUGACAUUGACGAGAGAGCAUUUGAAGAUCCAACCACUGACCCCACUGCGAGCUUGUAAUCUGAUGAGUCGGAUGACAGCAGAUUCUUCGAAGCCGCUGUCAGGGGGCGAGGGGGGUGAUGAUGCCCUCCUGCAAGCGAGUCCUGAAUUUAAAAAAUUCGAAAAAGAAAGUACGCCCAAACCUCUCGAGAACUGGAAAACUGCAAUAACAGUUGGAGCAUUAUUAACAGACUAUGGAUGCUGGCCUCUGCUGACUCAGCCUUGGCUGGGAAAGGGAGGCGAAGCCCCUGUAGGAGCAAUUCAUGGAAUUACAUAUGACGAAGGUGAGGCGAGUUUAGGAAGUCGAGUAUGUGCUGAUGUUUGGCGAUUACAGGGUCAGUUUGGAGAAGAAACGGAAAAGGUCAGUGAGUGGGAUAGAGAGGUCUACAACUUUUCUGAUACCACCGUCGACGUGAAUAGCGUCCGAUGGGAUUGGUACAAGUGGAAGAAGGAAAACGAGGAAAAAGAAGGACGAAAGGACUUUAAAAACACUUUGGCAGCCGGAGCGACGAGUAAGAUGAAGGUCUUCUCGGAACAACUACCGGAGGCCAGGGAUGUGAAACAUUUGAGUAGUCUGUUUCAAGAGUGGGAAGGUAUUCGAAAGAUCGAAGCAAUCUUGUUGAACGUGUCAAAAUAUAAAAAUAAGACGAAGCCGAAAGACUUCAUCGGGGAUUUGGACAAGGAAAUACAGGAUCGAAGUACCAAAAGACAGCGCAACAGAAAAUGGGACGUGCCGUCUGUCGAGUGGACGGAGAACGUCACGCAAGUCUUUAGCGCGCAAGUAAAGGAGUUCGACCAUAUGCCUGAAGAAAGUAAAGAAGCGCUGUUGGCUACGAUUGAACGGAAUGCGCAUUUCUUCUACGAUGAAGGAUGUCCGUUCCCUUCGUUGAAAACAGUGCGCCACUUCGAUUAUAAUCCUAACAGGGUGACGCAUCGGAGUUUACCUCAGCCGUUGCAGUUGAGCGCGUACGGAAAGAAGUGAUUGGAUUUUUUGUUCCAGACUCAGCUCGACGACGGGUUGUUUGAAAAGUGGGAUGGGUCUGAUGAAAGUCGACCAAUUUUUUGCAGUCCUGCUUUUUUAGCACCUCGCAAGAAUUCCGUGAUUGGAAGGAUUGUGGUGGAUUACAGGAAGUGUAACGAGGCGAUGACGCCGAUUGCGUUGCCGGCUCCUAACCAAGAAAAGACUUUCCACAAUCUAAAAGGGAAGAAGUUUUAUUUUGGGUCGGAUUUGUCGCUGGCCUACAAUCUAGCGAAACUCGAUGUGCAAACGAAACGUCUCCUGGCGGUGGUGACCCAUUCUGGGGUGUACUUGCCUACGCGAUUGACGUUAGGACCAAGUCCCGCGCCUGGGUGGUUCCAAGCUCAAACUGAGGCGGCGUUUGGGCACGAGUGUGAAGUAUUUAUAGAUGACAUCGGCUAUGGAGAGAACUCAAUGGAAGAGUUCAUGUCGCGACUAGAGAGGGUAUUCCAAUGUUGUGAGAAAAGUGGGGCCCGACUCUCGCUGACUAAGACUUUUAUUGGUGCUCCGAAAAUUGAAGUGUUAGGGCAUAUCAUUGAUGAAGCCGGGACGCACCCUAGUCCGGCAAAGUUAUUCCAAAUUCAGAAUUGGCCUCUCCCCACAAACAAAGAAGAUUUGACUUCGUUCGUUCAUGUGGUGCGGUAUCUGCAAUGUUACACAAGCGAGCUACAGAAUGUCGCGGCACCCUUGAAGGAAUACGAACUCAAGAAAAGGCCUUUUAAUGAGUUUGCCUCAGAUGAGCAGGCAGUAGCCGCUUUUCAGGCACUAAAGGACGUGGUCUCGAAGAAUGCGAUUCUGAUUAAGCCAGACUACGAAGCAGCAAAUACUUGGCAGCGGCCAUUCGAGGUGUUCACGGACGCCUCGCAGAAUCGCUAUGCCUGGGCAAUUUGUCAGCGAACAGCUGAAGGAAAACUGCGAGUGUGGAAAUGUUCUACGCAUUCGUUUGACAAAACGCAGAAGCAGUGGUCGACUUUAGAGCGCGAAUUAUUUGCCAUCGUGGACUUCAUAAAGUCGGGCUAUGAGCUGAUUCGAGGCUCGAAGUGGAUCCUGUACACGGAUCAUCAGAAUUUGGGCACGAAAGAGCUCAACUCACUGUGUGCCAAUAGAACUACCGGAGGUAAGAUCUUACGAUGGUUUUAUCUCAUUGCUAGACCGCUUUCUACUGGGAAGCGAGUAUAUUUGAAGGGGGAAGCGAACGUCAUUGCGGACGCGCUUUCGAGGAUGAAGUCUGAGGAGGAUCCGGCACUGAAGGAGAUUGAUAAUCUUUCUUUUAUGUUGCCGCGGAUUCGUUCUCUAGUGCAGUUUAUCUUCUGCCAGCCAGAUCAACUUGGCCAGAUAAUGUCAGAAAGAAAAAAGUUACUGGAGGUGGAUCAUUUUGUGCCACCCGUUCACCCAAGUGAAGACUUUGAGGACCCGCGUGAUCACUUGCCGAGUGCUCUGGCAUCGGAUCAAGCGGUAGGCAGUGAUGUGGGGGCGAAGUGCAUUGGAAUUAUGAUGAAGAAGGACGCGAGCAUGAAAGAAAGCGAGGGAAGGAAUGGAGAUCAGGAGUGGCAGAGUCCAUCUCAGUUAAUGUGUACGAUGUGCGAUGAAGGCGAAUGCAUGAUGUUGCAGGAUGGGGCAGGAUUCCACUUGUAUCAGGGGGAUGGCAUCCCCGAUCGACCAUGUAACGCGAGUUCGUCGUUACUAGAUGAGGACUUAGACCUCCUUGACCUAGGAAGGAGUGGGGAGGGUUCGACGUCCUCGAAACAGAAGCGGGUUUGUGCGGUGGUGGUUUCCCCAAGUGGGAAGGUGUUAAAUACAGAUGCGCAAGAAAACGAAGUUUUUGAAGAUAUUUCAACUCGGUUUCAAGGAGGGAGAUUGAAUGAGGGAGAAGGAGUUAACCAAGGGCUUCGGCGGUUGAUGCCGUUAUGCGUUAAAAACGCCGAGAAGCUAGAGUGUCAAUAUGCAACCUGCCCGAGCCUUUACGAUCUAGGAGUCUACUGGGUUUUGCUGCGGGUAAAUUCCACGGCGGACCACGGAUGGCUGGAAACGGCUUCCGUACUCAGUCCAAGGUCGGUAACCUGGGAAGUAUUUAUCGAAAAGUUAGGAGCAUCACGUCAAAAGCGACGGCUGAAGACGAUGCUCAAAGCAAUGAGAGAUCAGUUGCGACCCUCGGCAGUAACCGAGCGCUAUAGGGGGACUUUCCUUCCCCGGCGAUUAUAUCGGAAGACUGACGAGAGAGGAGAUAACGUAGUGGUCUCCGGUGUGAUGGAUGGUCGUUCAACGGAUCGGGAAUGGAUUAAAAUUACUCCGAGCAUGACGAUUAAGCAAGCUUAUGAUAAAGCUUGGGAUCGUUUGAAGGAAUUGAUGCAAGAAGCCGAAACAGCGGCAGCUAGACGAUUGGGUGAAAGAAUCGUGAAUGGGAGGUCUGUGGUUCAUCAAGAGUAUUUUCAUCUUUUUCGGAAGCCUGAGAGGGCGGACGUGGUGAAAAAGGUUGCAGCGGAUCUCUUCACGAUCUCAGCCUCUUGGGAUACUAGAGCCUGUUUUUUGGAUUCUGCUCCUUGUACGAACUUCAAAGAGAUUCGGAAGUGUCGGAUAGGGAGGGUGUCCGCUUCAUUAUGUCGGUGCCUCUGUGGUGAAGGCGUGAUAGGAGGGGAGGCCCCUGAUGUGACUGAAUUCCUAACCGCGCCGGAAUGCGUGAAAAUUUCAAAGGAGGUUCGCGAGCAGUUUAUUAGGAAAUGCGAUGGAGUGGAAUCUUUCCGGAUUUUGUUUCCAUCAUUGCCAGUCAUUAGUGACGAGGCUACGAUGAUCCGCGAGACUGCGAAUAGUGAGGAUUUGUACAUAGAAGUGCAUGAAACAUCGGAGAAAGUGACCCGAGUGGCCAUGUGGAACCCAAGGAACGUGACCUCGCUUCAGGCAGGCCCGGUGAGGGCUUUCGGAUCCCUGUGGGAUGAGGAAAGUUGUAAGCUGCGGCUGAAAAAGCAUUGGGAGUUGAGGAUUUUCCAUUUCCCUUUUGCAGGGGAGGACUCCGUGGUGGCAGCGUUAGUUUCACUGCAAGGAGCAGGACUCCGUAAGCGCUUGGUGGAGGAUCAGAAGGUUUGUAAGGAAUGGGGUCCCGUUUAUUUGGCAUGUGAACUGCGCGACAGGGAAAAGGACCGGGAACAGGUUGAGCUUGCGGUUGCACGCAAGUGGGACCUGGGAAAGGCCCGUAUGUCGACCGCUAGAAUGUAUGAGCAUUGGAUUGACGAAGAUACUAAGUUGUUGAUGACACGUCAUCAUGAGACGGCUGUAGUAUGCUUGCCAGCGGGAGGAGCUUGGCUGUCUACCGUAGUAGGGAAGGAGGUGAGUUGGAAGAAGUAUUACCUUCUCCUGGCUCAUAAUUCCUUGCUGGGAACGGGGCAUGGAGGUGCUCGACAAACCUAUAAUCAUCUGCUGGAUAGAGGGGUGUUUUGGGCAACCAUGUGGAGGGAUGUGCAAGUGCAUUGUAAAAAUUGCAUUGCUUGCACGAUCGCCCACGCGGCCAAGGCAACGCAGGCCCCGUUGGGGUAUGAGAAGUAUCUAGGGUUUUUCAGAGUGCUGCACGUUGACCAUGUGGGUCCAUUCAAAUUGGAUAAAGGGUUUAAUUACUUAUUGUCGGUUCGUGACUCGGCGACGUUGUUUUCCUGGUUCAUUCCGGUGAAAACGAAGUCUUGCAAAGAGGCCGCAGAGGCUUUGGUUGCUAACGCAUUUUGUAUGGUCGGAUGCCCGAUUGUGAUACGAUCCGAUCGAGGAUUCGGUGAGUCGGGGGAUGAAAGCCUGGGGAAAUACUUGCAGACAUAUGGGGUGCAUCAUGCGCCAACUAUGCCGUAUUCGCCGCAGGCGAAUUGGCUGGUUGAAGUGCUCCAUAAGCCGUUGCGGAAGAUUUUGAUCAAAUUUGCGGAGAACGCCAAAUGGGUAGAGUUGGUUCCCUACCUAAAUUGGAUUGCUCGGACAACACCGUUCGAGGUGUUAGGUGAUCGCUCGCCGUAUGAGCUAGUGUUUGGCUGUAAGCCGCGGCACGCUUUUGCGGAGACUCUGAGAACGGCGCUCGGAGGAACACCGGGUGUGGAUUCUUAUUUGGAAGCGGCGAAUAAGUUUCGGGAGGAAAUUUUGUCACAAUCAAACCUGACUGGGAAUGAAAAUUCGAAGCUUCGUCAAAUCGCACAAACAAAGCUGAGAGGGCAUUCACUGGAAGCACCUCUGAUUACUGGUGAUCUGGUGGUAGUAAGAAACAUGCACGCGCGAAAAGAUAGUUUUGACCCGAAGAAUUUUCCAGCGUUGUUUAAGGUGGAGUCGGUAGGACCGCGCCACGCGAUAUUGCUGGAUCUAUUGGGUGAAGCAGCAACGGGAGCGGCCAGUGGGAAGGUUCCACUGAAGCUGCUGACCCGUGCUGUACCCGCAUCAAGUGCCGAGGAUUUCUUGCGGAAUCUGGACUAUCUCCCUUCGACGGAUGAAAUGUUAGGAAGAACAAAGGAGGUGUUCACGCGGAAGGUGGAGGAACAGACUGAGUAGGAUGAACUCCUGACGUGGUUGUAGAGCCAGUCCCUGAGGAAAUCUGGGAGGUUUGACGAAAACUCUAAUAUUGCGUAAAAUGACAAAAUGGCCCUACUUCCUACUUUAGGAGACUGCUGCAGCCACUGGCGGGAGAAGGGGGGAGCGGAUGGCUCCACGAAGGGUCUGAGAUAAGUUGGGAGUCUGCAAGGAAUGUUCUGUGUUUUGAAGUAGGGUAUAAGUAGCAUAGAGAUAACCGGACUGGUGUUGUGAAGCGUCGCUCUUAUGCGGUGGAGUCCGAACGGAUUCGAUGAAUGAAGAGAGGUCGACUUCCAGCACUUUGCUGCUAGCCCGGUGCUGAGGCCUACCCUAGCACAGUGUUGGAGGGAUCUCUGGAUCCGUGGGAAGGAACUUCGAGUCAGGAAGUGGAUUGAUCACCUGCUUUCCUGGGGCAAGUUCUGGCUAGUUUAAGGUUCGUCUGUCUUGAAGCAGCAGAGGAGGCGUCGACCUGGGGGCGUCUGUCUGUAUAAGUAACCGCUUCGGACUCUGUGAAAAGGACGAAUACUCGAGAGAUGUUUCUGCUUUGUGAAGGAAGCAAAGCGAGUAAAUGUUCAGACUCCUUGGCUUAGUUCAAGUAGGCCUGGAUAAGAAUUAAGUAGUAGCAAGGACUGCUGGGUAGUGAUACCUCCGAGGGAGGGAAGCGCCGUGAACAGUAGGAAAUGAACAACGUGAAACACUAGAUCAGUCGUUCUGUGGUUUAGACGAGCAAUCUAGGGGAAGCUAUUCAAGAAGGAAAGGCUCAUGGAAGGUUUGGCCAAGUGAGCUGCUUGCGAUAGAUUUGAUCGGGUCCCGAAUCUCGAGGGGAAGCCCUGGAGUAGUAAGGAUAGGAUGAUCUAGGCCAGGUGACUAAAAGGCUGCGAGACCUUUGUAAACCCUUUGGUGGUUUUAAGACAUGAAAGAAGAAUAGAACUGUUGGUAUCUGCGAGGAUACCAGGCGAACUUCCUGGAGACGGGAAGGGGCUAGGAUUCACUCGGUAUUUGGGCACCUUCGCUGUAAUGGUGAUAGGAAUAUAAGUACCACCGGGCGGAGCUCUUAAAAGGAUGGCUCCGACGCCUCACUGCGUAGGGGGGGCAGUGUAGGACCUGGCCCGGGUGUAAACAGGGCGGCCCUUCGUGAAGAAGUGCGCCAAUAACUCCAAGGAACAAGCGUUGAGUGACUAAAUACCCUAGGCGGCUGCUGCCGAGAUCGACCCGGUAGGGCGGCUGUCAUUAUUAGAACUAGAGGACUUGGAGGAUCAACAAGAGAUUCCGACUGCAAGGCGGCGCUGUGAACAACGCUUAGGUGUUGCCUCAGCUACCAAGCUGUAGUGUGGGCCUCAUAGGGGGGCUGAUUGCGGAUCAGUCUCGUUCCCCAUUUUGUAAUUAGGAAAGACGCUUGAAGGUGAAAACCAGCAUUGUAUCUAAACCUAACCAACACAUAGAUAUCGAGGAUCAUAGAGUUAUUGGCUGGAAAAAUAUUGCUUUGCUUAAGCUUCUUAGUCAAGAGUUUUAUCCCGAGGAUUCCACUGCGUGGCUGUUAGCUCUUAAGGGAGGCACGUGUGUUGGCAAGUUGUGGCGCCCUUCUUUUUGGGAGAACAAGAAGCCCAAGAACGACGACGAAAAUUUUGAUCAUUUGAAUCGCAAGUGCUUCAUAAAUUCAAAAAUCUUUUCCAAGCCCCCACUCCGUGUUGAGGAGGAAGCUCUUAAGUUGAUUUGGUCUACUACAAUUAACGAACGAGAUGAAGGCUUGUUGGCCGGUCCGUUUGAUUUUGAUCAACUGCCCCAGUCCGUUCAGCAUGUUGUUCCUAGAUUCGCGAUUUGGCAAAAGACUCGAUAUCGUAUGAUAGAUGGCGCUCGUCUUUUUAAUUGUUCAGCCAAGCUAGAUAAGCGGGCGCCGCUACCUUCACCUUUACAGGCGUUGGCAGCGGCGACUGUGACCGCAAGAAUUCAGUCGUGCCCCGGGUUAGAUAAAAGAAUUGCUGCAUGCUUCUCGUUUCAGUCCAGGAAGCGUAAGUCGGAAUUUGUUCCUGCUGAUUCUUUUGAGGCUUUGUCCAAAUUGCUUCUUGAAGCGGGGGCAGAGUUAGAAGGUUGUUUUAGUUGUAGUGAUGCAGUCGAAGGGAUUGUUAUUGAUGUGAAAGGCGCUUAUAAGACGUUAGGGAUUUUGAGUGGUCAAGAGUUCGCAAAUUUUCUAGUCGUGUGGGAUCCCACCGGAAAGAAAUAUGUUGCGUUCGAAGGGAAGACUCUUCUUUUUGGGAAUACGCAUUCGGUAGUUUGUUGGUGCAGGGUAGCGUUUUUGAUUAAUGCAGUUUUGAGGCGAGUCUUUACGAUUCCUUCUUCCGUUUUCAUCGACGACUACCAUGCUUUUGUUCGGGCUAAUAUGGGCCAAGCUUCUGCCGAUAGAGUUUGCCGUCUUUUGGACGUUCUCGGCUGGGAGUAUAAGCUAGAAAAAGUGGAAGUUAGUGAUUCGGCCGUAUUGUUGCUUGGUUUGAUCUUUCAACUUAGAGGUAAACCUUCAGUAGUAGUAGCUCCAGGGAGAGCUCAAGCCUGUGCUGCUGAAAUUAGAAAAAUUAUUGAUAGUGAGAAGUUGACACCGAACGACGCGUCUCGGAUCUAUGGAAAACUUUCGUUCGCCUUUUGUGCCGUGUGUGAGCGCAUGCUUCAUCCCAUGAUGCGGCCUAUUUUAGCUAGAGUGUUCUCUUCCUGCUCUGAUCAUUCUUUGCGUCGAGUCUUGAAGGCGUCCCUUAGUGCUUGCGCCGAGUUAGUUGUUUCUCUUCCCGCUAGGUCUUUAAUUUUUCUCCCUACUAGGUAUCUGAUUUAUUCGGAUGCGAGUUGGCAGAGAGAGAAGGGCUACAUAGCAGCGUGUUUGGUAGACUGUUGGCAAGUUAACAAAGAUUCUAGGUCGCUUGGCGCAGUGGCCUAUUGGAAGACUCUUGUUUUUCAGUCUGAGACUUUUGAGGAUGCCGCUUUAUAUCCUAUUAACUUUCUCGAAGGUUGUGCUGCAGUUGUUGCUUUAUGGGUUUGGUCUGAUCUUCUUGCAGGUUCUCGGGUUGAUUGUUUCAUUGAUAACUGUUGUGCAGAAGGGCUUUUGAUUAGGAUGAACAGCGGGCGUAGUCAUCUCGCCGCUCUUGCUUUUGAAUUUUGGAAGCAUGCGUCUAGGUUUCACAUUUCCCCGCAAAUUUUUCGUGUUCCAUCAGCAGUGAACAUAGCUGACCUGCCUACAAAAGUCGGCUUCUUGUAUGAAAGUUUUAAGAUUAGUUUCGAUGCGCAAGAAGUUCAGUUGAGUGAAGAAAUAAAGGAUAGAGUUUACAAAUUGCUUAAGUUGGAAGUCGAUAAUCGCGAAAUUUUACUAGAUCGUUCGUUUGCUAGUGAAGAGAAGUAA